AUGUCAACUUUCUGGUACAUCGGCUGCCUCUCCGGCGCAUCAAGCGUAAUGCUCGGUGCCUUCGGAGCCCACGGACUCAAAAGCCGCAUCGACAACCCUGCACGUCUAGCGAACUGGCAUACGGCAGCACAAUAUCAACUAAUGCACUCCGUCGCCCUCCUCGUUGCCGAACAAGCCGCGCCGAAGAAUGUGUGGGCGAAGGGAUUGUUUACUGCGGGCAUCACGAUGUUCUCUGGGAGUCUUUACCUGCUUGUGCUUGACCCGGCACAGUUCAGAUUCAUGGGACCUGUGACUCCUGUGGGAGGUCUAUGCUUGAUUGGCGGAUGGGCGGCAUUAGCCUUUGGAAGCAGAGGACGUGUGGCGUUGUAA